AAGCCAGCCAGUCUACAACUAUCGCUAGGAUCGCAGGAGGCAAUGGACGCGGACGAUGAGCCAGCUAUGGCGUAUUUCCUGCCCAAUGGCAUCGCCGACGACUCUCCUCCCAAGCAGAGCCGCAUAAAGGCGAGUUUUGGCCCCAUUGGAGGUCGUAGUACUGCUGUCACGACCAACCAGCCAACAGCCACGGCUACUGGUAGUAUAUCGACGGUGUCCACAGUCGCUGGGGUCUCAAACUCGAGGAGUGAUGUCGACUUUAGUGGUCUCCACACGCGGCCCCGUCCGACGCUCGAUCUGUCACCUUUUGGCUCAAGUGGAGACCCUGCCUUAUCACCCAGACCUACCAACUACUUGCUAUCAGAUCUGGGAGGUGAAAUACACACACCACGAUCUUCUCGAGACUAUGAACACUCUGCGGGAUCGACACCAAGUUCCAGUAGCCCUUUUGGUCUUGCUGGACCGUUUGGGCCUGGAAUCAGUGAUACCAAAUCAAUUGGAGGAGCUGGAGCGAUCAGAUCCCCCACAUCCAUGUUUGAUCGGGGACAGGAGGCUGCCAAGAGCUUCUCAAUGCAAGGAGAUGGAGGAAAUUCAAGCGUGUACGGAGCUUCAGAGACCCAAAACUUGUAUCGUGGCGGAGGAAUGUCGUACUUAAGUGGUGCAGAUACCGAGAGUCUAUUUGGAUCGAAUUCAAUGCGGACGUGGUCAUCUGCCGCGAUGGAUACGUCUCAACCCCGACGGAUACUCCAACGUCCUCCUGGGUUAGUAGGUCCUCCUGGACUCAGUGAGCCCAGCGCUAUGCAGACUCGGAUGCAACAGCGUGUAUCGGGAUCUCAAUUCGGACCAUUUCUUCCCUCAUCUUCAAGUGAAAGUGCACCAAACAGAGCUUUUUCAGGCGGUGAUGACCAGUAUGGAUCCAGUUUACUGUCCAGUUUGAGACUUUCGACUGGUGUGUUUGGUGAUAAUUCGCUGGGUGAUGGGACUGAUGGACGAGGCGUAUCGAACCCGGAUCUAGCGGAGCUUAACACUCACUCGUUGAGAGUUGGCGAGAUGGAUGGGAUGAAUGUUCGACAAGCUGUUGAUUCGUCGAUGUGGGAUAAUCGAGCACCCACGACCUCUAGGAGAAUUGACAUUCAAGCUAGAGCGAAGACGCCUCGGAGUCCUAAGAAAGCUCGAGAGGGAAGGAAGAAGUUUGAAGGCCGCUCGGAUCUGCGUGCGAAGGCCUUGGAGUUUAGCAUGGAUGCGAUCAACGCGUUUACGCCUGGGUCUCCUAUGAGAUCAAGACGCGCUGAACGUGGCCGAAAAGUGAUGUCUCCAAUGGGCCACGACUCUCCCUCGUAUGAUAGCAACCGCAAUAACGAGCAAACCAGAGGAAAACGGCGCAAUCAGAUGACUGAUAGAGACGCAACUUCUUCCAUGUCGAGUGCGGAUACCCGCAGACGAGCACAGACGAACCAAAGUGAAGAUUCUGGAUCUGCUGUUAGUCCUCCUCCAGGUCUUGAGUCACGUGGAAGCCCGACGACUGUAACUGCGCGAGAAUCUGGCAAAACAAAGCGCCGAGAUGAUACCAAACCUGCCGGUCGCAGUGCACCGAGAAGGAAUCCUGCGAGAGGCAACGAUAAAAACGCUGGUACUACUCGUCGCCAGGUGUAUCGUGAGAAGCAAGUGAAGGAACCUGUGAAGGAGGUGUCGUUGUCUGAGCCAACCACCUCAAGUGCUGCGUCACCAAACACUGCAUCGGAUUCUCCUCAAGAGAGCAGCGAGUUUGAUGCUACACGUACUGAAGGGAUGGAGAGCGUCACGUUAGAAGCUAAGAGCAGUUCUCCGCCUCCAACAGCUGCAUGUGAACCUUCGAGCUCUGCCAAGGAGGGUGGUGAUGAUACUGAUGAAGCCUCUGCAAAGGGAUCUAGUGUCAAUGAUGAUACCGCGGAGGAUUAUGCUGACAAUGCGAAGAUUCCCGCCUCUGACGAGGACGCCGACAGCAUCCCGACGUGUGAGGACACUUCACGCAACACGGUAGAGAGCCAAGCGACUAGUCCGGAACGUGAGUCAUUUUCGUCUAGCGAUGCUUUAGAAGAUGCAGUUGAAGAGCGCAAGGAUGGACGUCGAGAGACCAAAGCGGACGCACCGGAGUCGUCAGUAGAAAGCUCGGAGUCUGACGCGGAACGAGCUCAAGUAGCCGUGAACCAGCUACGUGCAGCAUCGAAGAAGAAGUCAAAGAAGGAAGCGCUUACUCGAGUCGAGAGUCAGCGUACGUCAACUACUGAGGCUGAGCAUUCUGUUCGUCUUGAGUCAUCCCAAGUUGACAAGAAGCCAACUGUGAAGGAACACCGCAAGGAGAAGCCUAAGAAGGAUAAGGUGGACAAGAAGAAGACUCGAGGCAAGAAAGACAAGCGGGGGUCUUCAACCACUGCUAAGGCUGCCGAAGCUCCGAACGACUCGACCACCGAAGCGCAAGACAAACUUCUGGAGGCCUUGAGCAUCAAAAGUACGCCGCUCGUCACGAGAAUCAGCGAAGGGCUACGCAAGGGAAGCGCGGCCGCUGUUUCAACUGGAUUGCAGGCUUACCUUGGCACGCGACGUGGUUGUGCCUGGAUUGCUGGUCAGCUGAACAUUAAGGGUCUGCUAGCUACCAUUUUUUCUUACGUGGAGUCCGUGCUGGCCGUGGUAUUCAGUGUGGUUUUACUGCUGUCACUGCACGCUGCGUCAUGGUUUAUUCGUAUCCAUCGGGUUGCUUUCCGCGCGAUUUUGACCCACCGCCACAUCGGCUUCUGCUUCGCGUUCCUGUAUGGCUUUCCGUUCCUGGUCCAGUAUGUGUUCCCGUGGGCACCUCCUUGGGCACCGGUGUGUCUCUGGUACGCUUUCUUGGUCCAGCUAUUUUGUACGAACGGACCCACCGCCAUGGUCACAACUUUCCGCGUUAUACUACCACUCGUCUUCUUGGUUGAGGGGAUAUCACACCACAGCUUCCUCUUGGACUUGAACGGUGCGGAGCUAUUGCUCGCCUCCUUCAUCAUUUCGGCCGUGAAGACUAGCAAUUUGUGCAGCCCGAUAUUCUUCCUGUCGCUGGCAACACAGGUACGUAUCCUUGCAAUUGGAGUUAUACAGUGACGUGGUUUUUAAUGUUGUGGUUCAAUGUUGUAGUGUCUACUUUCUGUUUUCCUCGGGUCGGAACUACUCGUCCAGUGGCUUCAGUUGGCUUUGGCGCUUUACUCUCUGCAUGUUAUGGCAACCACCGAAGACGAAUGGAUUGGAAUGGGCGACGAGGAAGAUGAGCUCUCUUGCCACCCGGUGUCCAUGCAUCACUCCAUCGCAGACUACAACCACCACCCGGCUCCUUCCAGUGCAGUCUCCAUCCAGAAGACAAAACGCCUAGACCGUCGUGCGCUGGCGUAUGUUCGCGGACGCAAGCUGCGCUAAGGUCACUCUCAGAACGAUCCGAACGCUAUUGUAAUAAACAUGCACGUUAUGUGUCCGUUCCUUGCAAUUUGCAACGCGCACGAUAGCUACAAUGAGUUUAGUGUGGUAAAAAAAAAAAGAAGCCAAGAUUAUACUGGACA